AUGAAACCUCUCCACCAAAGCGGCGCUGUUCUGCUGACUGCCAUUGCCUCUUACGCUGCCGUCUCGCACGCCGCGCCAUCCGAAUAUGGAGGCAAAUCCUUCUCGGAAGACCUCGUCGAGGCCUCGCCCUUCCAGCUGGUCGAGCGGGCCUUUGAGCUCGGCAGCUGUCGUGCCUGGUCAAAAUCGAACGCCUGGGAUACCUGCCAGGACUACCUCAAGCGAUACGGCUUGACCAUGGCCCAGUUCUACAAGCUGAAUCCGACGGUUCAGUCUGACUGCUACGCUUUCGUCCCUGGAGAGACCUACUGCCGCAGGACGAAUGCCGAGAUUCCCGUGUCCAAGGACGGUGGGUGCGGACUGCGCACAGGGAACAAUGUCACAUGCAUCAACUCUGAAUUCGGAGACUGUUGUGGUGCGAACAACCGCGCUUCCUGUGCCAUCGGAAACUGUCAGGAAGGAAACUGCCCAGGUCUUGGUUACAGUUUCGACGGGUCUUGCGGUAAAGACUUUGGCUUUCUGGAGUGCGGCGGGAAAUGGGGCAAAUGCUGCUCCAACGCAGGAAAGUCUACAAAGCCCGCACCCACGCCGUUCACCCCCAGCCCUGACGGAACAUGCGGCUACGACAACAAGUACAAGUGCACCGACACAAAGUACAACUAUGGCAACUGCUGCGGCGCUGCGGGCUACUGUGGUUUCUCGGACUGGGAAUGCAGCAACCUCCAAGGCUGUCAGUCUGAGUACGGUCUAUGCGAUACGACGGUUCUCGUCAGCGGUGCCCCCAAGACGACGUCUACGUCUCCCGUCACCACGACGCAGCCAACGACGACAACCACUUCCAAGCCUGUAGCCGUCCAGAAGUCUGGCUCCUACGAGCUGGUAGGUUGCUGGAACAGGCCGCCCAAUGCUCGUGCCCUCAACGUUUCUUAUACGGACGACCUGAUGACGGUCGAAAAGUGUCUCGCCAAGGCCGCGGGCUACGCAUACGCCGGCGUCGAAUUCGGCAAGGAGUGCUGGUACAGCAACACCAUCGACGGCGGUUAUUCUGUUGCCCUCUCCGCGUGCAACAUGCCCUGCCCCGGAGCCCCCGACAAGCAGCUCUGCGGUGCCGGUAACCGCAUGCUCAUGUACAAACUACCCGGAAACACGGUGCCCCAGCCCACACAGCCGGCUAUGAUAGUCGUGGGCACCAGGGUCGCUUACCGCUGGUACUAUGUCGAGUGCCGCACCGAUGGCAGCGCAAACCGAUCAUUGACUGGCGCCCAAUACUCACAGGCCAACAUGACGUUGCACGAAUGUGCUAACCUCUGCCUUGGCUUUGACUACUUUGGAGCCGAGUUUGGGAAAGAAUGUUACUGCGGAGACACUUUCGCUGCUGGAUCCGCCGUGUCAGCGAACGACUGCACCCUGACCUGCGUUGGGAAUCGCGAUCAGUAUUGUGGUGCAGGCAACAGGAUGUCGGUGUACCAGAACAGAUAG